UCAGUCUGCACGGUUCCCUCAACCCGACCACAUCACAUCUCAGUUCGCCUCUUAUUCUUGAUUAUCACAUUCCAAACCUCUCUUUGAGAUGAAAACCGGAUUUGUUUUUAUAUGAACUGGAACAUUGAUAGUUUGAACUGGAGUGAAAGUGUCCAUUAUCGUCGAGACAGACUGUGUUAAAAUUUAAGAUAAUCUUAAUAAAAAAAGAGCCGUACUUUUCUCUAAAGUGACUUGAACAACUCAUUUUUAUGAGUUCCUAAUUGUUUAAGAAAUCAGUUGUAUUACAUACAAGCAAAAAUUUUAUGGAAUUGACCUUCGAGGAAGAAGGGGAGGAAGUUAUCAAGGCAUCUGCUUCUACUCCUGUGGCAAGCGAAAUUUACUUUGAAAAGUGGAGUCGACCUACCUUUCAAUAAUUGGUUCAACUUUGUCAUCAUCAAUGAGGAAUUGCAACCAGACGUACAUACGCAUUGUUAAUUGUGACUCUUCUCUGUAAUCUGGAGUCACAAAGCGUUUACCACAUCAAACAAGGAGACAUAUAACAAAGCCCAGAGCCGACCAAGCAGCAAGCAACCAACCAAUAAUACCAGAAGCCUAGAAAUAGAGAAAGUGAAUCAAAUUAGACAUCUUAAUCUCAUCUCACUUUAUAACCCAAUAUUACAACAUCAUAUUACAAUCAUUCCUCCAAUCUCGAAAACGAUCUGAUCCCCAUGAUAUCUGUCUCGCACAUGACACAUUAACUAUCUUUGUGUCCAUUCCCAUUAUAAUCGUCAUCCAUCACAGCAAUAAUAAUGGAGUGAGUAAGUGACUCGAGUUACGCAUAAUCAUGUUGCAAUUCAAGUGUCAGGAGAUCAGUUACUGUAAACGAUAGUGAUAUAAUAAUAAUUCGAGUGAGCCUGUACAGUUUCUUUGCCUCAAAAAAAUAAAGUGUAUGAAUUCAUGCGUAACUCACGAAACGAUGGACUCUCACGGUAAAUGGAGAAGGCAACAAAAUCCAUAAGGUUCACAAAGGGCCAGGACGAGGAUACGGAACAAACUCACAAACCGGAUUUUGUAAAUUGUGCAGUCACGCACCGUGGCUAUCCAUGCAUGUGCCAGUCAGAAGACCAUAUUGCAUAGCAUUGAAUGAUGCAAAUUUUUUAUAUUCAUGUGUCAUUCAAGUGUUAAACUGGUUUAGUUCUUGUGAAAAAAGAACAACUGCCCGACCAACAUACCCGUUAACUACGUAACACUCAUCAUUGAUUAAUUUCCCCCAUUUUCCUACCCUAAUAACAAAAUUAGAAAAAAAUAUUGAAUUAACAUGUCUGGCGGAAGUGCGAGUGUGAGGGUUAAGUCUUCCAGCAGUGGAGCUUUGUUAUCGGAGUCGGGAUCUACCCGCAGCACCCGUUUCCGGUUUCUAUCAUGGAGCCCUGAGACAUACAGUAUCCGCACAUUUCUAAACUCUUUCCCGCUCCCGAGGGUGGUACGCUUGACUAACUGCGAUGAAGCAAAUCUGCUGAAAACUCUAGUACUCCCCUCGGACGUUGAUAUCACUCAACCACUUCUGUUUUACAAAAAAUACAGACCUACAAAAUUAUUGGCCAAGUCCUUGAAAAUUCAGAAGAAUGGGAAAUGGAAAGAAGCCGGUCCAAGUGUCGUGAUUCCUGACUCCUUCCCAGGUUGGUUUACGCUUCUGAAUCAGGAGGGGAAGGAAUGUGCAAUGACACACACGUCUAUGGGCCAAGUUGCGGCGGCUAGAGUUCCUGCUUUCCUGACAAAGUUUGACGUGCCAGUUUACAAGUUAACCGAUUCCAAUGAACCGGACAACAAAUCAGUUUACUUGAGAUCCACAACAAGGGCUGGUUCGGUGCUACGCCUGUUGGGCGUCUGGGCGGACCUUGGGGGUACAAAUAAUAAUUCCUAUCCGUACCCACAGAAGACCAACUCCAAUUUCCUGACUGGCAGUUUGGGAGCAUUUGGAGGUCGGCUGAUGGCCAGAAGUCUUGCUUUGCAGAAUACGCAGCCACAACAAUUUCAAUAUGUCCAAUGUCUACAUGACAAUGAGGUGCUGUUCAUCCCAUUUUCUGCCACAGGAGUGUUUUACCCGAUAGCUCCACGCGGGGGACGCAACCCCCAACAUAUUUACCCACUUUCCGCCAUCGCAAAAAUUCACAGACUCCCACUUCGGAUAAAAAUGGUUUAUGGGGCUUUGCCUCCAAAUAUUCCUGACUUUACAGGGACACUUCAGUUGGAGCGAGUCGAUACGGAAGAAGUCGUGCUGGCCUGCACACUGAUGCGCGACAAACCCCUCCUGUUUGAAAUAGACUUAGACUGCGAUCUCUUCCUGUCUCAAAUGACAAGUGAAGAUUUAUUCAUCCAGUCCACUGGGUACCAGACUGCCUUCCAAUUCUGCAGAGGAGAAGCCGACAAUUGGAGACGACAAGUUCGCAACUAUCAGUUUGGGAGUAAGGCUGGGAAAGGAGGAACUGUCUCCGGUGCUUAUCUCCUCUCAGUCAAGGAAAAGAAUAAAUCGUUACGACUACGAGCAAAAACGCCAUCGUCAUCAUCCACACCGUCGAAACUAUCCCUUCUCUUCAGACCCUCAUCUGCCCCGUUUGGAUCCACCAAAGACCUACGGCGUACAAAAUCUUUCAACGUGGAGACUCAAAGCGUGUCCAUAUCACUGGAUGAAGACCAGGAAGAGGAGACAAAAAAGUUGUCAACACUUUUCAAUUUUAUGGCUGGUAGGAAAAACAAGAGCAAACAUCCGCCUCUUCGCCAACAAAUGUCCAGAGUAGGAGAGUGCAUGUUGAAUAAGAGGGAGAAAUCAUCAGAAUAUUUCCACUGCAAGGAAAUCCAUCCUCCACCAAUGUCAUUAGCGUUACAAGAAAAUGUACAAAAACAUGUAGAGGGGACCAGAAAUGCUCAUUCGCUUCACAUCAGCCAGCAAAAUCAUACGAAUAAUAACAACGCCUCCAACAAACUUCUCCUUCACGGCUAUAAUCAAUCCGUCCCUGAUGUUUUGUCCAACAAUAAAAAUCCACUCAUUAUUAGUCACAGCAAUCAAGAGCACAAAAACCUCUUGUUUUCGAGAAGCCAGCGUCACGUUCUCAGCCUGCACUGCAAUGGCGGAGUGGGAGGAGGGGGCACGAACAGCAGCAGUGGGUGCAGCUCUUUGGGAAACUUGAGCUAUGGGAACUGCAGCCUGAGUCUGAGUCCCAUUCCGCCGUGUGGGAGCGGCUCGUCCAGUGGGAACUCGUCGAGCGGGGGGAAGGGCAGUCCGGACGUUCCGUACGGCACCGUGGCGGACGACGUCGGAGAAGAGGAAAAUAUUUACUCUGAGAUAGCGGACGCACUUACGAUGAAACUCAGUCUUAAUCCGAUACACCAAAUGGGCCUUAAUUUCCACCACCAUCACCGGCAGCAGCUGUCGAAUAUGAGCAGUCUCAUGAAGGGUGGGGGUGGUUCAGACGGAACGUUUUCUGGAACGCUGUCCGGAACGUUUUCUUCGUCCAAUCCGUCCAAUAGAGAUGAUGAUAUAUACGAUGCAGUAUUUUAAAUAAUGAUAAUUUGGCAAGAAAAAUAUAUUAUGUAUUGUGGAUUUAAGUUUUAUGUAUGCUGUCACAAUUAAUCUUUUCAUAACUAAUUUAGCUAUGUAGUAAUAUUCAGAGGCUAGAUUAUAAUAGAUUAAGAUUCCAGUCAAUUCAUUCGCUUGUGCAGACAAAAAAACAAAGAAUGCAUGACUAAAAAAUAAAAUAUGAAUUGUUUUGUAUAAUUUGAUGUACAUAAAUAAAUAUAACAGAAUGUUCAACGCGUUACAUACAAA